CCCAACAUCCUUGGGAGGGCAGAACGGAUAUUGCCAGAGCAGUCGGUUGAGCCCUUUGAGGAAAUAAUUAGGAAGGGCUCUUUGCUAAGCUCAACCGAAGGCGAGCGAAGAGAGGAAAUCAAGCAGAGGUCAUAAAAUGAUGGCAAUCUUUCGUGAAGAAGAUGAGGGCACGUACAGGUCUUGGACGCUCGCUCUUUCACGCUGGAAGACUAUUACUCACUUAGCACUUCGCUCGUUCCCGGAAAUUGAGACAAACCACUAUGAAAUUCUCCGCUUUCUUGAUUCUAGCCUCGCUGCUUGGCGGCUCUGGCGUAGUUGUUGCGCAAACAACAACACCGCUCGCAACUGACCUCGCGGGUCUAGUUGGUCAGCUCAACUCUCUCACGGCAGCUUUGGGGCUUACGGGGUCUCUCCCUUUGCCAACCGGCUCGGUCGUGAAUCCAUUUACUCAGCUCGGUCUCCCAUCUGCGCCUUCCGGAGUUCUCCAAGAGCUUUUGACCGGUGUGCCUGCUUCCGUCUACGCAGAUCUCGCAAAUCCUACCUCACGCUCGAGUCUUCAGUCCGAGUUCAAGGCUGGUCACACGCCAGCCUGGUACUCUAGCCUGCCGCCUGAUGCCAAGAGCUACAUACAGGCCGUCCAGACGCAGCUCGCAACAAUGUCGAUCAAUACGGGAGCCCUGUCAUCCAUCAGCCUUGCCUUGAACACAGCAAAGAUCACGGGAACUGGAGCGUCUGCCACGCAGACUGGCACCGCGACUGGAUCCGAAUCGAGUCACACCGUCAAAGGCUCAGGGUCGACCAUCUCCGUGUCCCUUACUGCGGCCUUGGUUGGGAUGGCACUUUUUACCAUUAUCUUGCUGUAAAAUCUCAAGCGGGAUGCAUUCAUCUGGCAGCUGCGCAUUGCUUAGAGGAUAGCGCCCGUUCUUGAUUCGGUCGUGCGUCGAAGAAUGGGGGCUGGUGAGGUGUUGUCCAAAGUUUCGCAGUUGGGCAUGUAAUGAGAAGUCUGUACAUGCGGUAGAGUAGUCUCUGAAAAAUAAAUAAUGUAAAAUUAUACGAUUACGCUGGUAAGUAGUUCUUCUGGGGACACUCAGG